AAUUACUUAUCAAAGGAAUGGACAUUUUAACAGGCAUGUGUACAUUUUCACAGCCACUGCAAUUCCUGUUUGUAAAACCCAAAACCAAAAUUAGAAAUAUCAAAUGAUAAAAGAGAUGAUCAACUUGUCCAAUGCCUUUUUCCUUUUGACAUGUCAGUCGUUGAAAAAUGCACUCAGACUCUCACCUGUCUAAAGUUUGACCUGUUUAGCGGGGGGGGGCCCUGCUGUGUUAUUAUGCUCGACCAUGUGGCUGCCGUCACGACGUACAGCAGCCUAUCGGAAUUUCGCCUCCUGUCGUUGUGUCCGCGCAGGCAGCAUCUCAGCCAAAGCUCAGCUGGCUGCUGGCAGACUCCUCAUUCAGCAACCAGCAAGCGCUGAGAGCGAGCGAGCGGCAUGGCAUGGCAGGGGCUUGGGCAGGUGUGGUGAGGGGGUGACGGACCAACCAGACCGUCGUUGUCAUCGCCGGCAGCAGCAGACGCGGAUGCGGUAUCCUCCAGUCCUUGUCCGAGUGAAGACACGCUGCUGCUGAUAAGAGUCACUCACACGCUGAUGAUAAAACGAUGCACCAGUCGCCGCCACCGACCAGGUGUUGGAGCACGGAGCAGGGACGCCGUUAACCUGACAGAAAGUCGACCCGUGUCUGUGCGCUUCUCUCUGGUCCCGUUUGCAGACGAUCGAGAAGAUGCUGAGCCGACUGAUGAGCAGCAGCGUCAGGAGUCUGGACAGGGAAUGCAACUGCACGGUGAGGCUGCUGGACGACUCGGAGUACACCUGCACGAUCCAGGCUGGUUCAUGACGGAUGUGGCUGCGUUUUUGUGCUCUGACGCCUCUCAGGACAGAAGGGCUGCAGAAGCUGCUUUCGUCAGAGAAUUACCUCGAGACGCCAAAGGACAGUACCUGUUUGACCUCAUCUGCCACCACCUCAACCUCCUGGAGAAAGAUUACUUUGGCAUCAGAUAUGUCGAUCCAGACAAACAAAGACACUGGUUGGAGUUUACAAAGUCUAUUGCCAAACAAAUGAAGUCCCAGCCACCUUUCACCAUGUGUUUGCGUGUGAAGUUUUAUCCACCAGACCCCGCUGCUCUGAAAGAGGAAAUCACCAGAUAUCUAGUCUUCCUGCAGGUUAAGCGGGACCUCUACCACGGCCGCCUACUUUGCAAGACAUCAGAUGCGGCUCUGCUAGCUGCCUACAUAUUACAAGCUGAAAUYGGUGAUUACGAUCCUGGGAAACACCCUGAAGGCUAUAGCUCCAAGUUCCAGUUCUUCCCCAAGCACUCGGAGAAAUUGGAGCGGCGAAUUGCUGAGAUUCACAAGACUGAGCUGAUAGGUCAGACUCCUGAAACAUCAGAGCUCAACUUCUUGCAAAAAGCCCAGACUCUUGAGACGUAUGGAGUAGACCCUCAUCCAUGCAAAGAUGUGUCUGGGAAUCCUGCUUUUCUGGCUUUCACUCCGUUUGGAUUCACUGUGCUACAAGGAAACAGGAGGAUCCAUUUUCUGAAAUGGGAGGAGGUAACCAAACUUAAAUUUGAAGCAAAGACAUUCCAUAUAUAUGCAACUCAGAAUGAGGACAGAAAGAUUAUACUUACGUACUUUGCACCCACACCAGAAGCCUGCAAGCAUCUGUGGAAGUGUGGAGUGGAGAACCAGGCCUUCUAUAAAGWCUACAGGCUCCUGCUGUCAGGGGUCAUGCUGUCUAUGUCCCAACUGACGGCAGGGAGGAGGGAACRUGAACUGUGGAACAAGCGGGGAGCAUUCCCUGGCCUUGUCUGUCACUAUCUGACCGCUCUACGAUUCGUCUGUCUCUGCCAGCUUGCUGGGCAAUUUGUGUGRCCAACUGAGCAGAGACAGGAAGGCUUCUCACUUUCCCAUCUACACUCGGAGGUACAAUCUGACUGCAGGAGGAUAAAAUCAGCAGAGGCAACAAGAAGAAAGACAAGGUUAAAAGAAGGCCAGAAGAGUUGCACUGAGGUUCUUUCUUUGAAUAAAAUCAUGGUGAAGUGUCUUAUCCAGAUCAAGACCAAGGUGAACGUUCACCUGCGUAUGAUCAACCAUUGUUAUCGGGAAGUUAAGGUGCGUGUGCUCUCUAUGGGACCCAGACUCCUGGGCAAAGCUCUGGGGGUGCUGCCACUCUUCCCAGCCCUCCCUGGAGGAUCUUCCACYUCAGGGUCUGGUUCUGGGUCAGGACAUAACUCCAAAUCUCCAUCCAGGCUAGCUGUCCCACCCUCCUUUCAUGGUUACAGUCAGCCACAAGCCAACACUGCAGGAUUAGAGUCUCUUCGAGACAGUGCCCACUCCACGCCGGUGCGCUCCGUCUCCCACGGUGACUCGUUCAUGUCCAGCCGGGGCCACCUGGAGGACGGGAGCGAGGCCAGCACGUCAGGAGUGAUCUCCGAUGAGACCUACAGCCCCUCGGACAGCGUGCUGCCCACUCCUGUAGCAGAGCACGGCGUGGAGCUUCCUUCAGCUCGCCAUCUCAACGGCGCACCCUGCAGCAUCGACGAGGAGAAGGAGUCGGAGGCGAGAGCUCUGAAGGAAGGGCAGGCGGGGGAGUUCAGGCCCGGCAGGAAAGCACCACGCACGGUCCGUAGCAGGCCUUCACAAGGCGCCGAUGUAGAGGAUCUUAACAAGUUCGUGUUAAGCGUGCUGCGCCUGUUCCUGGUCACCAUUGGACUGCUGUUCGCCCUGUUGCUGCUGCUCAUCAUGCUGACCGAGUCCGACCUGGACAUAGCCUUCCUGAGGGACAUCCGCAAGACACCAGAGUUCCAGCAGUUUCACUUUGAGUAUUUCUGUCCUCUCCGGCGCUGGUUCGCCUGUAAGCUACGAUGGAUGGGCGGUUUUCUUGUUAGCAAAUGAGGUGAAGUGAGGGAGGAGAGGCCAUGACUUAACACAGACCUCCGGGGGACGAGACGGGGCAGUAAGAGGAAUGCKACAGCUUUGUUUAUAUCGGCUCUGCUUCUCCCAGGAAGGAGCUCCAGUCACAAGCCACAGACUGCCGUGAUUAUAAUGUACGACUAUCACUACAUAUGUAGGGGAAAAAAAAAAA